AUGUCAUUAUCUAGAGGAUCCGUUGUUAGAAUUUCUCGAUUAAGAUUAUUCCCUACUCUUAUCAAUCCAAUCUUUACAAGACACUUACAAUAUCAUUGCUUAAAUCGUCAAUACCUUGCAGCUAAGAAAACACAUUAUGGGGCUAAUAUAGUCAGCAAUAUGUUGCUUAAAAGAGAAUAUGCCUCCUCUACAGAUGGACGAGAUAUCCCUGAAGAGAUUUUAAAUUUACCGCUUCAAACAUACCAUGUAGAAGCAGAUAGCUUUUUGAAUAACUUACUAGAAAAACUUGAGAUGGUAAGUGAUGAAUAUCCGAACGAUAUUACUGAAGUAGACUUGAGUCAUGGUGUGAUGACUUUGGAGGUUCCAGCUAUAGGGGCGUAUGUCAUCAAUAAACAACCGCCUAAUAAACAAAUUUGGUUUGCAUCACCUAUAUCAGGACCAGAUAGAUUUGAUUUUUAUAAGAAACAAUGGAUAUCGUUAAGGAACGGUAACAAAUUACUCGACGUACUUCAAAAAGAACUCAAUGAUGCGAUUCCAGGUACGGAAGUUAACUUAAAGAAAUAA